AUGGCCGACCAGAAUAAUAUCAGAGGCAACUCAGUCUAUGAGGCUGCUGAGUCUGAUAUUGCUAAGCCCGCUGCUGUUGAACAGACGAAGUCAAAGGCUGGUUUCAUGGGAAAGUUGAUGGGGGUUUUCAAUGGUGAUCUUCGCGAGGAGAUGCCUCCGUACAAGGAUAUUGAGAUUCAUACCUGGAAUGGACCUGAUGACCCAGAGAACCCUUUCAACUGGGGCAACCAGUAUAAAUGGCUUCUGACUCUCACUGUCUGCUUCAUUUCGAUUUUGACCGGUCUACCGGCAGGAACGUACGGUUCCGGCAACGACUGGAUGGAGAAGGAGUUCAACGUGCAGAACUCUCCAUUCCCCAACCUCUACUGGGCCACCACGUCAUGGAACAUGGGCGCGGCUUUCUGGCCCUUGAUUUUCGUGCCUCUCACCGAAUCGUCCGGCCGCAUGCCUGGAUAUUUCGUAGCUUAUAUCAUUUUGGUCAUCUCGCUAUUCCCGUCCGCAUUCGCAAAGAACUUUGCGACUUUGGUGGUGACGCGAUUCUUUGGUGGUGGUGCCUCCUCUGUCUCUAUUAACAUCGUCGGAGGAAGUAUCAGUGAUGUCUGGUUUGGUGAGAAGGCUCGCAGUUUGCCCAUGUCGAUCUUUGGUUUCACCAGUGUUGUGGGUAUCGCACUUGGUCCGUUCAUCGGUUCUGCUAUUGUGCAGAUCUCUAAGAGCGAGCCCUGGCGUUGGAUCUUCUAUAUCCAGAUUAUCUACAACGCAGCCCUGAUCCCCGUUUUUUGGUUUAUCCUUCGUGAAACCCGACCCGACGUUAUCCUCAAGGCGCGCGCUAGGAAGAUCCGCAAAGAGACCGGCCGGCCCGUGUACGCAGCUGCAGAGAUCAAUGCACCAAACAAGCUCAGCCUGCUGAAGAUCUCAUUCAAACGCCCAACACGCAUGUUGACCUCAGAGCCCGUGGUUAUCUUCUUCACGCUUUGGAUCAGUUUCGCCUGGGGAAUUCUCUAUCUCUUCUUCUCCAGCGUUGUGCAGACCUACUCCACAAACUACGACUGGAGUACCCUCGCAACAGGAUUAGUACAGCUCGCCAUAUCCGUCGGCGCUAUAAUCGGGACAGUCGUCAACCCGAUCCAGGACUGGCUCUACUUGCGCUCUGCAAGCCGCAACACCGAGAAGCCCGGUCGCCCCAUUCCCGAGGCCAGAUUAUAUACUUCUAUCCCUGGCAGCUUGCUCUUCGCAGCGGGCCUGUUCUGGUAUGGAUGGGCUAGUAUGCCGGACGUGCACUGGAUUGUCCCGACAAUCGGUAUCACUUGUGCCGGUAUCGGUAUCUACUCCAUCUACAUGGCAGUUGUGAACUAUCUGACCGAUGCCUAUGAGCGGUACGCUGCGUCAGCCUUGUCGGCUGCUUCCCUCGGGCGAAACUCCUUUGGUGCCUUCCUACCACUUGCUUCCCCCCAGCUCUUCAGCAACCUCGGCUUCGGCUGGGCUGGUACUCUUCUUGGUUUCAUUGGUGUUGCAUUGUCGGUUGUUCCUGUGGUUUUGGUAUUGAAGGGACCGCAGAUUCGGGCUCGUAGCACUUUCAUGCGCGAAGCUAUGUGGGAGCCUGAGGAGAAGGUUGAGGUUGAUGAUUCUGGAAAGGGUGAGGUGGGACCCUCUACUGAGGGCUCCGAGGGAAUUGUAUAA